AUGGCUCGCCUCCAGAUGAGCAGCAUGAGGGUCAGCUGGAUGGGGCUGCUCUUCCUGGGCCACUUCAUGUACUUGCUGGUGGGGGCCACCGUCUUCCAGAUGCUGGAGCGCGAUGCGGAGAACCAGAACCGGCAGAACUUCCAGCUGCAGAAGCUGCGCUUCCUGAUGAAUUACAGCUGCCUGGAUGGUCCGUCUCUGGAGACGUUCGUCAAGGUGAUCCUGCAGGCCUGGGAGAAAGGCAUCAAUCCAUCGGGGAACUCGACGAGCCCCAGCAACUGGGACUUCAGCAGCUCCUUCUUCUUUGCCGGGACGGUCGUCACCACCAUAGGUUACGGGAACCUGUCACCCAGCACGGUGUCCGGACAGGUGUUCUGCGUCUUCUACGCCCUGUGUGGCAUCCCGCUGAACCUCGCCUUCCUCAACCAGCUGAGCAAGUGCUUGAGUGCGUACCUGUGGCGGCUGGAGCGCACAGUGCUCUCUCCAGGGUCCAUGAAGCAAACCAGGGAGGCCCUCUUGGUGGCUUCCUUCCUGGUGCUGGGCACCGUGCUCUUUCUCGUCCUUCCCCCGGUGCUCUUCAGCUACGCGGAAGGCUGGACGUACGGAGAAAGCUUCUACUACGCCUUCAUCACGCUCAGCACCAUCGGCUUCGGGGACUAUGUAGUGGGAACGGAUCCGCAGAAACACUACAUAUAUAUUUACCGCAGCCUGGCGGGCGUCUGGAUCGUCUUCGGCCUGGCCUGGCUGGCCCUGCUCUUGAACUUGCUUGCCAGGGUGAUGGAGCACACCUUCAAACUCAAAUCAGCAGCCCUUGGGCCUGGAGACCAGGAGGGUCCGCCCAGCAAGCGGGAGGAGGCGCCCGAGCACGUGCGGCACGAGUCUGAGGGCGGGGCCUAG